AUGUCGCCGGUUGCCUAUUCGCAGGAGGCUCGACACGCUACAAAUGCUACUCGUGAUUCCCUGGAACUUGCCUCGCUUGCUUCUUCAUCUCCUGGAUCUGCAGGUGCAUCUUCACGGUCCUCGUUAGCCUCCGGCAUUGCCUCGUCACGCAAGCUCUCCCUCGACGAUGAAGACCCUCUGAACGACAAUUUGAAUGUCGAAGCUAGCGGACGCCCCCGAUCGGCGCGGUCCUAUUCGAUAUCUUCCGCGUUCGACUUUGGGCGGACCCUGUUUCCUCUCUCCGAAACUGCUGGCGGUUACGCGCCUGUGGGUGCUCCGUCUCUACAUUCGCUGGACCGGCAUGGUGGGGUAGGAGAUGGGUCGCUGGAACGCAACAAGACGCUGACAUACUUGAACGGGCUGUCGCUAAUUGUUGGACUAAUUAUUGGGUCGGGGAUCUUCUCUUCGCCGGGCCAGGUUAACAUCAACACGGGGUCUCCUGGUGCUUCCCUCAUUAUCUGGGCGGUUGCAGGAUUGCUGGCCUGGACUGGCGCAGCGAGUUAUGCGGAGCUGGGAGGAGCGAUUCCGCUAAAUGGCGGUGCCCAGGUCUAUCUAUCUAAGAUCUUUGGCGAAAUGAUGGGGUUUCUGUUCACAUGGUGUGCUGUACUCGUGCUGAAGCCCGGUUCAGCCGCCAUCAUCGCCAUCAUCUUCGGCGAGUACAUGGUCCGCGCCGUCGUCGGCGCAGAUGUCGAGCCGGUCAACACGUGGAUCAACAAGGGUGUCGCAGUUUCCGGGCUGGUCGCAGUAACGUUACUUAACUGUGUGUCCACAAAGCUGGCCACCCGCGUCGGGGACGUCUUCAUGCUGUUCAAGUUUGUCGCGCUUAUUGGAGUCACGGUGAUAGGGAUCGUGGUGGCUAUCACUGGGCUUUCGUCAACGGGUGCUGCCAAUCAAGAAUGGAAGACCCAGGGCUGGUUCGAGGGAACCAGCACCGACAUCUCUAGCUGGGCAGUUGCGUUGUAUGCGGGUCUCUGGGCCUUCGACGGCUGGGACAACACCAACUACGUUACGGGGGAGUUCAAGAACCCCAAUCGAGAUCUCCCUCGGGUGAUCCAUACCGCAAUGCCCCUGGUGAUUCUGUGCUAUGUGCUUGCAAACGUCUCCUAUUUUCUCGUCUUGCCUCAUUCGACCAUCGAAGCCACCAACACGGUUGCGGUACAGUUUGGCUACCAGGUGUUUGGGCCAGUAGGCGCCCUAGUGUUGGCCUUGGUGGUCUCAGCUAGCUGUUUCGGCGCACUGAAUGCGACAACCUUCACCAGUGGCAGAUUGGUCUACGUCGCCGGCAAAGAGGGUUACCUGCCUGCCUUAUUCGGCAACCUCGGGCUUUUUGGUAGCGGCUCUGCCCCUGCUUCGGGCGGCCGCCUGAGACGUCGCUCCGGGAUCACUAAGCUUGUCUCGCGGUUGUUCGGGGACAGCGCCGGCUUCGGAUACACCCCGACGAAUGCGAUUCUUUUCAACAGCCUCCUCACUCUCGGCUACGUCAUUCUGGGCGAUUUUAGCACCCUCGUCACUUUCUACGGCGUGGCGGGAUACACAUUCUACUUCCUCACAGUGCUCGGGCUGAUAGUCCUCCGCAUCCGCGAGCCGCACCUCGAACGGCCUUACAGGACCUGGAUUUCCACCCCGAUCAUCUUCUGCUGUGUCAGUCUGUUCCUUCUCAGCCGCGCCGUCAUUGCCGAACCAUUGCAGACUUUGAUCGUUGUCGGCUUUAUCAUUGCCGGCAUUCCCGUUUAUUUCUGGCGUAUAUAUCAACGAGACGGCAAGGACAUUGCGUCCCAAAAGCGCCAGCUAAGGGAUGCUGCACUUCAGCCUUAUCUCGUUGACGACCUGGACCAGCGCUUACCUCGCGUUGAGAACGUCGAGGAACGCACCCGGUUACCUCUAGACCCACGAUCUCAAAUGAUCACGGACAUAGACAGCGUUACAGAUCUCCUCCAGUGUCUGGGCAAUGGAGAGUUCACCGCCGAAGAGGUGACCACGGCGUAUAUACGAAGAGCCACCAUAGCCCAUCAAUUGACAAACAGUAUCACUGAAGUGCUAUUUGACGACGCCCUGAAGCAUGCAAAAGAACUCGACAGCGAAUUCAACCUCACAGGGAAACUCAGAGGCCCCCUUCACGGCAUCCCUUUUACUCUCAAAGACCAGUUUAAUGUUCAAGGCGUCGAUACCACUCUAGGCUAUGUUGGUCGGUCGUUCCAUCCCGCCACCGAAGAUGCGGUUUUGGUUUCGAUUUUGAAACAGGUGGGUGCAGUCAUCAUUGCAAAGACGAACCUGCCACAAAGUAUCAUGUGGGCGGAAACGGACAAUCCCCUCUGGGGCCUCACCGUCAAUCCACGUAACCCAGAAUUGACUCCAUGCGGUUCCACAGGUGGCGAAGCCGUACUGCUGGCUCUUCAUGGAUCGAUUUUUGGCUGGGGGACAGACCUUGGCGGGAGUGUGAGGAUGCCGGCAUAUACAAUGGGCCAUUACGGGUUCAAACCUACUAGUAGUAGGCUUCCAUAUGAAGGAGUCCCUGUUUCAACAGAGGGACAGGAACAUGUCCCUUCUAGCAUUGGCCCGCUGGCUCGUGAUCUGUCGUCCAUAUGCUAUUUGAGCCGGAUGAUAGCUGACACAGAGCCAUGGAAACUCGAUCCCAAAUGCUCUCCGAUUCCCUGGCGGGAAAUGGCAUUCAGAGAAAUUCAAUCACGACCCAUGGUGAUAGGACUGAUCCUUGACGACGGGGUGGUCAAGGUCCAUCCACCGAUACAACGAGCAUUGGCGGAGGUGUCGGCCAAGUUGAAAGCAGCAGGCCAUGAGCUUGUUGUCUGGGACACGUCCGACCACUGGGAGUGCAUCAAAAUCAUGGACCUCUACUAUACGGCCGAUGGGUGUGAGGAUAUCAGAAGGGACGUGGCUGUCGCCGGCGAGCCCUUGAUUCCUCACGUCGAAGCCCUAGUGAACAGAGGCAAGGCGAUCUCUGUCUACGAUUACUGGCAACUGAACAGACGCCGCAACGCCGCGCAAAAGAAAUACCUGGAUAAGUGGAACACCACGCGCUCCGCGUGCGGCAGACCCGUGGACGUUCUCCUUGCUCCUACCAUGCCACACACGGCUGUCCCCCACCGGCAUGUGCGUUGGGUCGGAUACACCAAGAUCUGGAACUUUUUCGACUACCCGGCGAUUACGCUGCCCAUUGAUAAAGUACGGGCAGACAAAGAUACACUCCCGACUGAACCCUAUCAGCCCAGGAACGAGCUCGACGCGUGGAACUGGAGUCUUUAUGAUGUCGACGUUAUGAAGGGCCAUCCUGUAUCUCUGCAGAUUAUCGGGAGAAAGCUUGAGGAGGAGAAGGUACUAGGAGCGGCUACUGCGAUACAGAAAAUCUGGCAGGGUGAAGCAUAG